AUGAAGUUUGGAGCGAAGCUCCGCAGCUACGCAGUGCCCGAGUGGCAGCAGCAUUAUGUGGACUAUCCUUGUCUAAAGGCGCUGUUGAAGCAGCAGAAGAAAAAGAUAGAAACAUCCGAUGCUCCCGGAUACCUGGCGAAACUGUUUCCAACAAGCUGGCACCCGUCUUCUGAGAAGGCCUCAAACGCGGGAGAUGGGGCAAGUCUUCCGCUCCCUGCAGUUGUGGGUCCCCCGGGUUCCCGCGUGGCUCCGGCAGCAAACAAGCAAACGAGGCUCCAAGGCUUCUGUCGUCUUAAAGAACCAUUGUUGCAGGAUACGCAGCAGCAGCAGCACCAGAAACAGCCGUCGCAGCAAGACCACCGCAGUAUUUCUUUAGGUACUGCUGCAGACGAUCAGCCUGAGGGACCUGCAAAUAAAGAAGAGACGCUAAGGGCCAACUGCGUUGCGGCCUUUAGCGCUGCAAUUGAAAAAGAGAAGACGAAAGUGGCGAAUUUCUUCAGGGAUGAAUUGGGUUUUUUGGAGGACAAGCUGAAGGCAGUCACUAUGGAGCUUAAGGCCUUUAACGCAGCGCGGAGGCGGCGAUUGUCGUCUUUGCGAGCAGAGGGUAAAGAAAGUGUGGGCCGGAAUGAGUCAGCGCAAGCUACUGCUGCCGGUGCUGGACAUACUGCUGGUGUGGUUGCUGUUGCUGCUGGAAGCAGUGAAGAUAAAGGCACCAACAGCCAAGUGAGUAGGCCGAAUUAUCCGUUCUCGUUUAAUGCCUCAAGCCUCUCGACAGAAGACGAAGCGAAAUCAGAGGACGCUGCGUACUUGCGUCGGCUGGAGCGCAUCUUGCUGCUGCUGCUGGACACGUUGGAGAAGCUUGAGGUGUACAGACGGCUAAACCUGUUGGCUCUGUGGAAAGCCUUAAAGAAGAGAGAUAAACAGCUGCAGCUCCCUAAAGGGACAGCAGUUAAGGACUUUGAAAGAAUUACCGCCUUCUUCAAUCAGCAGAUACGCAUACCACCCAAGACGAAGCGGGCAGCUAGAGCCCUCUACCGCCACGUGGCUGGAGAGGAUUCGGAAUUAUCUCUCGAGGUGCUGCCCCUGAGGGCCCAUGAAGAUCUCUCUGGAGGGGGCGCUUACUUCAGGCAAGAGGUUAGGGUGUCGUUCCUGGCUGGGUGCCUUUCGGUCCUUCUUUUGCUGACGACGGCGUUGCUGUUCAUGCCGGUACCUCCCUCAAAAUCGUUUGACUACGAGGGCUUGAUGGCUGUCUUUCCCCUUUUCAGACUGGCCUUCGCUUGGUCCUUCAUAUGGCUCUCCACCGCGUCUGCGAUGGCCGUGAUGGAGCGAUACGGCGUCAACUACUGCUUUCUAUUGGACUUAGCGCCAAGGGGGCAGACGUCCAGUGUGUCAUUCUUCUGCACGGCAGCGUUGCACUUCGUCCUCACGACUGCCACCUGCGCUCUUUACCUUGCAGACUCCAAGCUCCAUCUCCUGGGUGACGGCCAGAUGUACCAUUUCUAUCCCUUAGGUCUCCUCUUGUUGCAGCUUCUUCUACUUCUUUUCCCUUCGCGUGCAUUGACGUAUAAAGCUCGUCGGCAAGUGCUUGGGGCAUUUUUCACAGUGUUGAAGGCUGGUGUAUUUACUGUACGCGACGUGAAGCUUGUGGCAAACAUAAUUGGGGACGUCCUUACCUCACUUGCCAAGCCUCUGGGUGACCUGCAGUACCUUGCCUGCUACUUGAGCAAGGGGAUGGACAACACUGGCCCUGCACAGUGUUACGGAGAUUCACUAGUGAGGCCUGUCCUGCUGGGUCUACCGUUCUACCUGCGAUUGUGCCAGUGCUUCAUCAGGUUUAGGGGAGCGGAGCCCGGAGGUGGCCUAAUUCACCUGAUGAACAUGGCAAAAUAUGCUUGUGGCAUUUUAGUAUUAAUCACGACAAACGUCCCUUGGCUGGAUUUAGGUGUGAGCGUGUACGCCAUGUGUCUUCUGUGGGUCUUCUCUUAUUGUCUGGGCUCUCUCUUUAUGCUGUACUGGGAUGUCCGGGUGGACUGGGGCCUCCUGCCAACCCCGGAUCGAUUCAUACGCAUGCAAGGCCGCCUGAUGUACCCAACGUGGAUCUACGGUGCCAUCGCUGUGACAAAUGCAAUGGGCCGACUGACGUGGGCAAUGACCCUAAUGCCAAUUUCCCUUGUCGGCAACAAGUCCUUAAGCGGCAACUUGGUAUUGUUGUUUAUCUCCGUUAUUGAAAUCAUGAGACGAGGAGCGUGGGUUGUACUUCGGCUGGAAAACGAACACGUCAACAACUCCUCUCGGUUCAGGGCCAUCUUAUGGGUGCCGCCGCUCCAUCAGACGCGCCUCGAGGUGCUGGAGGGCGAUCCCCUGAUCCAAGCAACUACUCCAUCAGAGAACAUCUGUGCCAGGGGCAUCGCGUCAAGCAAACGACAGCAGUUUUAG